UCUAAAUAUGGAGUAGUUUAUGAAUCUGAAAUUAUACGAGAAAAUUGCGAGAGAAGUUUGGUGAAUUUCACAAUCAGUGUCGCCAAUGGAAGCAAUAGAAUCAAAAAUUCCAAUAAAGGCACCUAAUAGUAAUUCCAAUAAGAAAAGAAAGUUGGGGAGCGAUGUUAGUAAUUUAUACAGCUCCCCUUUUUUCAAAAUUCGCGCUCUUCUUCCACAACUUCGUCCCCAGUUUCUCCAGGUGCUCGAGACACCUGACUUUCAGAAUUGCAAAGCAGCUCAUGAACUUCAAAUACAAAUGAAGCAUUUGAUGAACUUAUACAAGCAGAUGACCGUAGAAAUAAACCCCGUUGAAACGCCCUUGCCAACAAGUCAGCCUCUGUCGGGUGAAAACGUGUCUGAGUUGCUUCAACAUAAGCAGCUGUUCGAUAAAUUUUCGGAAGAGAAUAAUCUUCCACAGGUGAAAGCUAAUGAUAUUCACCCUAGACAAAGCUACAUGGUGGGCAGUUCAGAUUUUGAUCGGAAUUUCAUCACAUUCAAAGGCGGCAAACCUGUUUACAAUGGGGUGACAAAAGAGUCUUUCAGAGAAACUAUGAAAAGUAAAAUGUCAUCAACUUGUACUUCUUCCAAUAUCACCUGAUUUUGUCAAGUAAUAUAGAAAAUGCAGUCUCUAACUAACUAUUAGGAGUCAGAAAUUGUUCUUUUUGCAUAAAGUAACUGCAGAGUUCCGAGAUGCUGCAUUUUGGUAUAGACAAAAAGUUUUGAUAUUAGGGAGAUGGAUAGGGAUGAGUUUGGCUUUCAUCCAUGUUUACAAAAAGGACUACUUGAAAUUUAUUCUCUUUUUAACCAAGUCAUGCCUCAAUGGUUCUGUUUA